AUGUACAAGGUGUAUGUGGCAGGUGUGAAUGGGGCUGGGGAGGGAGAGUGGCAGGAGACACAGGACAGGGUCACCACUCAGGGACUCGAGUCCUCCGACGACAGUGGAGGGGGUGUGGGGUUGGCAGUGGGAGUCACUCUGGGAGCCAUUAUCUGUCUACUGAUCCUCAUUAGCCUCCUCCUCCUUCUACUGGUGGUGUGUGUCAGACAAAGGAGGCGGCGUAGGAAGGGACAUGCACUGAUAAUCUCAGAGGACAUAAGGUCUUCUGCUCUCCUCAACAACACUGUGAAGGAAGAGGAGGACAAGAGUUUCUCCAGGUCACCUGCUUCACCUCAGACCUCGCAGAGUAACGGAGAGACUGCCUCAGGAGCAGCCGAGGAAAGAGGAGAUGGCGAGAAUGGAGAGGAAAGGGAGAGUGGUCGGGCGGGAGGAGGAGUGGAGGUGGGAACGGAGGGUGUUGACGAUGGUGAGAGGGGGGACGAGGGUGGUAGUGAGGGAGGUGAGGGUGGGAAGGAGGACGGUGGUGGUGGACCUGAUGCUACAGCUACUGACUCGGAUGAUGACAGUGCCAGCAAGGAGAAGGCCUCUGCACCAGCCACUGACUCUAACAUCGAUGAACACAUGGUAUGAGCGUUUACCACUGACUAUUAUGCACGAUGGACACUUUUUGUCACAAGCAUUCACACUGCAGCAGUUUUUAAAUCAUCAAGUUUUCUAUACAAAGUAUGAGAUUAUUG